GCCCGCGGCUCCUCCUCCUCGUCCUCCCGCGCGGCGGGGCACCGCCUCGGGGGCGCCGAGGGCCGCUCGCUCCGGCAACCGGCGCGCCCUCCCCACAUGCAGGUCGGGGCGGUGCCGCGGCCCCCGGGAGCCCCGGGCGGGACAGAAGGGUCUGAGGGGAGGCGGCCGUCAGUCCCGCGCCAUCGCCGGACCCCGCUGCAAACCGGGCGGCCGGAGGGCGGUGGUCCAAGGGUCCAGGGGCCUGUGGCGCCGCCGCGGCGCGCACCCGGAGGGGCAGCCGGAGCGCGAGCCAGCCGCCGCGGCCCCUGGGGGAGAGGCCGGAGCGCGCGACCUCCUUCUCCCGCUCCUCGUGCUUCACCUAGAGCACUCUUCGCCGCCCCUCACCCCACCCCUUUGGCGCACACCUCCCCACACGUACACACGCGCGCGGGCACCGCGCACUCACUCACGCACACCCCGAGUGGGUGUGAUCUCAGAGCCGGGAUGCGCUCUCGCGCCCGGAGUUCACACUGGGCCUCGACCAAAACCUCCAGAGCAGGCAAGCUGCCCUUUGGGCUACGCUAUUUAGGCAUGACUAAGAGAUAUUGUGAAAUUACAACCCAACAAUGCUUUGUGGGACAGGCGUUCCCAUACCUAAGAAAUUGUCCAGCGUUGAACCAGCAUGUCUCAAAAUGGCAUCUGCGGAUGAACUGCAGGCGGCUGGAGACAGAUUUGCUGACCUCUAAUUGUCGAGGGUUCCAGAGUGGCACAAACCCAUGGUAUUCAUCUGAACUCUUCCAAAUCCUAGAACGGGUCAUAGAAGGUGCUUCAUCUGUGAUGACUGAGUGAAUAAAAACACCCCAAGUCUAAUACAUAUUGGGCUGCUUUGCAGUGAUUGAAUAUGUCAAGUUCUUUUUACACCAAACACUCCUUGAAGACAGCGACCUUCUUCUCUUAUCCAUUCUCUUCACUUCACCCAAAGUGGGUCUUAACCAAUACUUGGUAAAUGUGUUAAUGUGUCCGAAUCCAGGCAACCCCAGAGCUAAUCUUUACUCAAGUGGGAAAGAAUCGGAAGGAGCAACUUCUUAAAAAAUUUUUUUAUUUAAAUGUAUUUAUGUUAUUUAAAUUUAUCUUUAGAGGUUUGGUGAAGAAUUAUUGGCAUGUAUUAAACGUCACAUACUUAAGUAGAACAGUCUGAUAUCAACUGAUGGGUAUUCAUCAUUGAAACCAUCACUUUAGUCAGAUUAUUGAAGAUAACCGUUAUGCUUCAUAUCAUCUUUUUUGACCCUUUGUUAUAUUUCACCUCCUCCUCUGCUUGGCCCUUGAACUAGCAAAUACUGAAGGCUCCCUGUGGGUAGGAUGAGAGCUUCACAGCCUCAUUUCUCUCAGGCAGACUGUCAUUGUAGCAAAACACCAAAAUAAGCCUUUCUAGCUCCUUGUGAAAUUUUGGACUUAGUACAUGUUUUGGAGGACAACUAAGGAAGGGGAAGAUGAUGCCUGACUUAGAACUCCUCUUUGACAGAAGCUACAAGGGAGGACAGAUUCCUUGAGAGUUAAGAGAAAGCCCUUGGUCUCUGGGGUCCUUUCUGGUUGGUCCCCAAGCCUGGAUUGAGUUCUCUCCCUACUCCUUUUUCUCCUUGGAGAAAAAAAUCUUAACUGAGCACAAGGUCUAUCUCUUAUUUUCAUGUGGAAAAUUAUUUUGUCCAUUUGACUUUCUACUUUGAGUAUAUAUCCCUUGGGAUUUAUCCUGAGUUAGAUAAUGACCUUACUUUAUAAUUGCUUUUAAAUAUAUAACUUAAAUUAAAAUCUUCUAGUAAAUUUCCCAGAGUUUCCUGGAAGCCCUUUUGUUUCUUUGAAUGACACAUCAUUAGCUUACCUGCCCUGGAGCAUAAAGUCACUCAUACAAGCAGCAAUCACCAAUAUUUCUAAAUCCAUUAUCAUAUCCUUUACAUUUCCCACAAGCCCUCAAUUACAUGUAAUACUUUUUUUUUUUUUCCCUCUUUUUCUAGGGCCGCUCCCGUGGCAUAUGGGUGUUCCCAGGCUAGGGGUCUAAUCGGA